UCUCACCUGACCAUACAACAAACACUUCAGCAGAUUAUUUAGUGGUAGGCAACUAACAUGGGCUCUGAGGGCUAUCAGCCACUGCUACUUGGACUCAAUCCAGAUGUUCGGAUCACGGACUUGUCGGCCAAUGCAGCGGAGGAACUCUUGGUGCACGAACCGGUGGCUGUUCGAUGGUACCCCCGACUCGUGGCGUGGGAGUCGAGGCUUCUUUGGCUCCUAUCGGGGGCUUCUAUCGUAGUUUCGAUUUUCAACUACAUGCUCACUUUCGUGACUUUGAUGGUCACAGGGCACUUGGGUACAUUGGAGCUAGCCGGGGCCUCCAUUGCCACUGUUGGAAUACAAGGGCUUGCCUAUGGGAUCAUGCUGGGGAUGGCUAGUGCUGUUCAAACUGUUUGUGGCCAAGCAUAUGGAGCUAAGCAAUAUGCAGCAAUGGGAAUCAUCUGUCAGAAAGCAAUUGUUUUGCACAUUGGAGCAGCUAUCCUCCUAACAAUCCUCUAUUGGUUUUCGGGGCCAGCCCUUAAAGCAAUCGGUCAAUCAGAGGACAUAGCCGAGCAAGGCCAGAUUUUUUCACGAGGUUUAAUCCUUCAAAUUUAUGCAUUCGCAAUAAGUUGCCCGAUGCAGAGGUUUCUUCAAGCACAAAACAUUGUGAACCCUUUAGCUUGUAUAGCUGUUGUUGUAUUCCUCCUGCACAUUCUUCUCACAUGGCUGGCUGUUUAUGUAUUGGACUAUGGCCUUCUCGGAGCUGCUCUUACGCUUAGUCUCUCUUGGUGGUUGCUUGUCAUCAUCCAAUGGCUUUACAUUGUUUUCAGUCCCUCUUGCAAUGAGACUUGGACUGGUUUCUCUGUGAAAGCUUUUAAAGACAUUUGGCCUUAUUUCAAGAUCACAGUUGCUUCUGCUAUUAUGUUGUGUUUGGAGAUAUGGUACUUCCAAGGUCUGGUGCUUAUAUCAGGCCUCCUCCCAGACCCAACAAUCUCACUAGACUCCAUUUCCAUUAGCAUGAAUUACUUGAACUGGGAUAUGCAGUUUAUGUUGGGACUCGCCACUGCAGCCAGCAUUCGAGUCGGCAAUGAGCUCGGGGCAGGUCAUCCAAUGGUGGCAAAAUUCUCAGUCAUAGUAGUGAACACAACCACUAUUCUUAUAAGUCUAGUUUUCAGUGCAAUUGUGCUGAUAUUCAGGGUUGGAUUAAGCAAACUUUUUACUAGCGAUUCUGUAGUUAUUGAGGCUGUGUCCGGUUUGACUCCGUUGCUAGCAAUAUCUGUUUUCUUGAAUGGCAUCCAGCCCAUAUUGUCAGGUGUGGCCAUUGGGAGUGGAUGGCAAGCUAUUGUAGCUUAUGUUAACCUAGCCACUUACUAUAUCAUUGGCCUCCCCAUUGGAUGUGUUCUUGGCUUCAAAACUAGUUUAGGAGCAGCCGGAAUUUGGUGGGGGAUGAUAAUUGGAGUUGUUUUACAAACAUUAGCUCUGUUUAUCCUAACUGUGAGAACAAACUGGAAUGCUGAGGUUGCAAAAGCUGCUGACCGCUUGAAGCAAUCUGCAAAUGAAGAAAUCUUAGACAAGAAUAUGGGGGGAAUCAUAUGACUAAAUUUAGUCACUAAUAUGUUUCUUUUUCCCCCGUUUCAUUUCUUUUGGUUUAAUUAUAUUUUGCCCCCUCAAACUAUGAGAUUUUUUCUCACUUUGCCCCCUUCACCUAUCAUGUUUCUUAUAUUUAACCUUCAAUUAUGAAUAACAUCAAUUAUGGUUAAUAG